UUGGUCGAUUAAAAACUUCCUCCUCCAACGAGCGAGAGCGCUCGCUCCCGCACGAUCGCUAGGGCAUCUUCUCCCCUUCGCCAUGGCUCCGAGGAGUCUCCUCGGCGCCCUCUCCCUCUCGCUUCUCCUCGGUCUCCUCCACUUCUCGAUCCCGGGAGCUAUUGGCACUUUGGAGUCAGUUCCAGAUCUUGAGAAGGCAAUGUACCUAAAUAUGGAAAGUUUUCCUUGUGUGAGGCUUUUGAAUCUCUCUGGUGAAAUUGGCUGUGCUAAUCCUGGCAACGAGAAGAUCAUUGCGCCGAUUGUGAGAUUUGGAAACAAUCAUGAUCAGUUGGAUCGUUCAUCUGCAGUUUUUCUCCCCUUGGAACUGAUGCAAAGUUUCUUUCAGAGGGUUUCGAGUGAUCUCGAAUUUUCCAAAAAAGUUGCUGGCGUUUUGGUUGAGUCCAGUGGUCAGCAGAAUAAUUCAUUUGGGUUCUCGCCUGUUGAAAAGUUUCCACAAGCUGAUUUUGCACCAUAUAAGAACCACAGUUAUGAAUGGAAUCCUGUUGGUUCUGGUAUUAUGUGGAACCGAUACAACUUUCCUGUGUUUUUACUCUCAGCGCAGAGCACAUUAAUUUUGCAAGAGAUUGCAAACAAUGAUGCCGAGAGCAACAACAAAUAUCCAGCACAUGUUGCUGAGUUUGACCUAGUCAUGCAGACCACAAAAGUUGGAACUCAUGAUUCAGAAUCUUGCCUGAAAGAACAGUCUUGUCUACCCCUAGGAGGCUAUAGUGUAUGGUCUUCGCUACCGCCAAUCAAUGCUUCAUUGAUGAAACCGCUCAAACCUGUAGUAAUGGCCAUUGCAUCCCUGGAUUCUGCAUCAUUUUUUCGUGAUCGCAGCCUCGGAGCUGAUUCUCCCAUAUCUGGGUUGAUUGCUUUGCUGACUGCAGUUGACGCUCUUUCUAAUGUUGAGGGUCUAGAUAAGCUUAAAAAACAGCUUGUUUUUGCAGUUUUCACAGGAGAGGCAUGGGGUUAUCUCGGUAGCCGAAAAUUUUUACAGGAAUUAGAGAUGGGUACAGAUUCGGUGAAUGGCCUUAACAACACAUUGGUUGAGCAGGUACUUGAGGUUGGUUCAGUUGGCAAGGGCUUAGUUCAAGGGGGUACAACAUUUUAUGCACACGCAGGAGGGAAAUCAUCUCUCACGAAAGAAAUUCUUAGUGCCCUCCAAAGUGCCAGCAUAUCACUUGGUUCAGACAAUGUCAAAGUCAAAACUGCAGACACAUCAAAUCCCGGUAUUCCGCCAUCUUCACUUAUGACUUUUCUUAGAAAGAGCUCGUCUACUUCUGGAGUUGUGUUGGAGGACUUUGAUUCUUCUUUCAUCAACAGAUUUUACCAUAGCCAUCUUGAUGAUCCAUCAAACAUCAACUCUUCAUCAAUAGCAGCUGCGGCCGCUCUAGUGGCCCGUUCUUUAUACGUUCUUACAGCCGGUGACUUGCCGCUGAAUCUCAUGGCACUGAACUCUAUAAAAGUCAAUGUCUCAUUGGUCGAUGAAUUAAUAGGAUGCCUAUUGACUUGUGAACCGGGUCUAUCAUGUGGCAUAGUAAGAAAAUACAUUUCUCCAAGCAACAUUUGCCCGUGUCACUAUGUUGGUGUAUUCCUCGACUCGCCCCCUGACACACAAUUUCCUCAAUACGCCGAUGAUACUUCUAGAUUUGUCUGGAACUUCUUGGCAGACAGAACUUCUAUUAAGAGGGAUACUUCGAGUUCAUGUGCGGGAGAGUGCAGUAAUGUAGGUGAGAUAUGUAUUGGCGUGGAAAUUGAGGGCAAAGGCCGAUGCGUUAAAUCUACAACCAGGUACGUUCCAGCCUAUUCAACCAGGCUUAAGUUCGAAGACAACUGGUGGCAUGUCCUGCCCCCAAAUUCUUCCGAUCCUAUGGGAGCAGUAGACCCUAUAUGGACGGAAAGCUUUUGGAACACAAUCGGCCUUAGGGUUUAUAGAGUGCAGAGUGCGACUUAUGACCGUAUAAUCCUCGUCGGUGGAAUGAGCAUUACGAUUACUUCCUAUAUUGCAGUGAUUGCUGUGAGAGCUUAUCUAGCAAAGGCUGUGAAACGCGACUGAGAUUCUCUCCAGCUCGACACUGGUAACUUGUAAGCAGGCCCCCGACUGUUGAAAAAAAUUUCAAGAAAAACCGGCUUUCCAUCUUUCCGUUUAAAUUCUGUAGUUUUGAAAUUUCCUUUCGUAAAAGAUUCUUACUGAGCAUCUUUUAAUGGGCAGUGAUAACUUCUCUCUUGAUUACAUAUUAUCCGUGCAAACUUUAUGUAAAAAAAAGAAAAGAAAAAAGGGAUCUUCAUAUGAAAGUUUACACGAGUGAACACACAAAAAAGGGGCGGCAGAUAACAGAAUGUUACAAGUCUCUACUGAAAGAUGCUCAGUAGGGAUUUCUAUGAAAGAAUAACCUAAAAAGGCGAGGGAUUUGUACGAAAUGACAAAAAGUUAGGGACCUUGGUAUGUUUUGAAAAGUCGGGCGAUCUGCGUAUAAAAUUUUACCUCACUUGGGGCCAUUCUCAGUUUUUAUAAAUCGGAAAAGAUCCAUUCUGACAAAGCUUGCUGUUGAAAUUAGUAGCAAUUGAAACUCUGUAUAUCUGAGAGCCUCGGACCUUCAGAUUAGAUCAAAGAAUACAAAUUGUUUCCUUUCUUGUUUUCGAAUCUUUCUACUUUUUUGGCAGUAUGGGAGGAUUCAUUAAAACUAUUAAGCUUUUGCGACCUGUCUCUGUAAUGAAUCAUUAUGUUAAGCCAUUGAGAACUUAUUAUGUUGUCUGCAGGGUUCCAAUGUAUGAAAUUGAAUUUGGUAGAUGUGCU